GUCGAUCAGGGCGGUGACCUCUUCAGAAAACACUGUGAUAGUCGCUGUAGUAAAAAGGCCGGACAGGGAGGAGGCCUCUGUGAUGCCCCUUAUCAAAUCUGGCUUUAAUAGGAGAUAUGUGGAGAACACCAACACGAUGGCCUGUUACAAUGAGCUGCUGCAGCUGGAGCGUGGAGAAGUUCUGGCACAGUUCAAACUGAGGGCGUGUAAUGCUAUCUUCACAGCAUUGGAGCAGAGUCAGGAGGCCAUAGAGAUCACCAAUGAGGAUCAAGUCAUUCAGUAUGUGAACCCUGCCUACGAGAGCAUCAUGGGUUACCAGCAAGGUGAACUAAUAGGGAAGGAAAUAACAGAAGUGCCUAAAAGUGAAAAGAAUAAGCCUGAUCUCCUUGAAACCAUAAACUCCUGCAUCCGGAAAGGAAAGGAGUGGCAGGGGAUUUAUUAUGCCAAAAAGAAGAAUGGGGACAGUGUCCAACAAAAUGUGAAGAUCACACCUGUGAUCGGACAGGGAGGUAAAAUCAGACACUACGUGUCUAUCCACAGGCCUUUACAUGAUCAGAAUAAGACAUCCAGUGAACGGGUGCAGGCAGAGUCUCAGACAGACAUCCAGUCCAGUAAGCAUAAGGACCGGAGGAAAGGCUCGUUGGACGUCAGAUCGACUACGUCUCGAGGGAGCGAUGGCAGUUCCCAGAGAAGACACUCCUCCAUGGCCAGAAUCCACUCCAUGACCAUCGAAGCUCCAAUCACCAAGGUGAUCAACAUCAUCAACGCAGCCCAGGAGUCUAGUCCAAUGCCCGUAGCAGAGGCCCUGGACCGGGCUGAGAUCCUGAGGACCACAGAGCUCUACUCUCCUCAGCUGGGCACCAAGGAGGAAGACCCUCAUACUAACGACCUGGUGGGAGGACUGAUGACGGAUGGCUUGCGCAGAUUAUCAGGAAACGAAUACAUCUUUGCUGCGAAACAGCCCCACCUCCCAAGUCACCUAGCCAUGCCCCUGUCGUUGAAUGACAUCCCUCCUCACGUUGCCCAGACAAUGGAGAAUGAAGACUCCUGGGACUUUGACAUCUUCAACCUGGAGACUGCCUGUCUGAAACGGCCUCUGACCUAUCUGGGCCUGAAGAUCUUCUCUCGGUUCGGGGUGUGUGAGUUCCUGAGCUGUCCCGAGGCCACUCUCCGCUCCUGGCUGCAGGGGAUCGAGGCUAACUACCACUCCACCAACUCCUACCACAACUCCUCGCAUGCUGCCGAUGUCCUGCACGCUACCUCAUACUUCCUCUGCAAGGAGAGGGUCAAGCAAAGUCUGGAGCAGAUUGAUGAGGUGGCGGCUCUGAUAGCAGCCACGGUACACGACGUGGAUCACCCGGGACGCACCAACAGCUUCCUGUGUAACGCAGGAAGUGAGCUGGCCAUCUUGUACAACGACACGGCCGUGCUAGAGAGCCACCACGCUGCCCUUGCCUUCCAGAUCACCACACGGGACGACAAGUGUAACAUCUUCAAGAACAUGGAGAGGAAUGAGUACCGUACCCUGCGUCAGGCCAUCAUAGACAUGGUGCUCGCCACAGAGAUGACAAAACACUUUGAGCACGUCAACAAGUUCGUCAACAGCAUCAACAAGCCGCUGGCCGCGCUGGAGGAGAACGGGGGAAUCGGCGACGAGGAGUCUGUCAAAGGCAUCCUAACGUCCCCAGACAACCGGAUCCUUGUCAAGCGCAUGCUGAUCAAGUGUGCCGACAUCUCCAAUCCGUGCCGACCACUGGAGCUGUGCAUAGAAUGGGCCGGACGCAUCUCAGAGGAAUACUUUGCACAGACUGACGAGGAGAAGAGGCAGAGUCUACCGGUGGUCAUGCCUGUGUUUGACAGGAACACCUGCAGCAUUCCUAAGUCCCAGAUCUCCUUCAUAGACUACUUCAUCACAGACAUGUUCGACGCCUGGGAUGCGUUCGCAGACCUUCCCAACCUCAUGCAGCACCUGGACAACAACUUCAAGUAUUGGAAAGGCCUGGAUGAAAGGAAACUGCACAGCCUGCGUCCCCCCCCAGAGUAGGAGCACCCUGACUGGGGUCAACGCCAGGCCCCAGGCCCCUCCUUGGUUCCUGUCCGCCUGCGUCCCCCCCAGAGUAGGAGCACCCUGACUGGGGUCGACGCCAGGCCCCAGGUCCCUCCUUGGUUCCUGUCCGCCUGCGUCCCCCCCCCAGAGUAGGAGCACCCUGACUGGGGUCGACGCCAGGCCCCGGGCUCCUCCUUGGUUCCCGUCCGUCCAGGGGCCACCAAGCCUUCACUCUUCUGCUUCUGUGACACGCCAUCAAGCGUCCACAUGUCCGUCCAACAGAGACAACACACACGGACGGACGGACGGACGUGCUACAGCAACACCAGGCUCUUGCUUCGUAUAUAAAACCUCGCUAGCUGAGGAUGGAUGAUGGACAGACACACGGCGCCUCAGAGUCCUUAUAAACUACCAGUGCCUGGUGGGCUUGUCUGUAUGCUCCUACUGCUGCCAGGGAGGCUGUGUGAGGGACUGUUCUUCUCCCAGCCAACCUGGUAAUGGACGUACCAUCCCCUUAGUACUCACACACGGGUUCCCCCUGCCUCUCUCUCUCUCUCUCUGUCUCUCUGUCAGUCAGAGACCGGCUGAUGUUACUGUCUCUCUCUCUCUCUCUCUGUCUCUCUGUCAGUCAGAGACCGGCUGAUGUUACUGUCUCUCUGCAGACUGACUGCACUGUUGGUUAGAGCUACGGAGAAACACACAAACAAACUGAACAUUGAGAUGUCAGGUGGUUUCAAGUCUCAGGCACCUCCAAUGAAAAACUGUUUGGAGGAUCAGCUGAUGGGACAGGUUCACAUUACACAGUUUUUCCUCCUAAAUGGCACCCUAUUCCCUAUAUAGUGCAAUAGUGCACUACUUUUAGGAUAAAAGAGUCUAUGGGGCUCUGGCCAUAAGAAGUGCACUUUAUAUAGAGAAUAGGGUUGCAUUUGGGAUGGCCAACCAUGUCAAAUCCACGUCAGACCGUACAACCCAGUGUGUGGUGGGCAUUCCGACUGGAUAAAUCCCUAUAUCGCCCCCCAGUGGCCACCAGGUCGAACUACACUCCACCUCCACCAGCUGCCACCAUCACCUUUUACUAUGUCUUCUAGCUGUAUGUCCUUUGUUUCUUUGUCCUUCAGAAGCACCUCGUCCACUAGAGGACCUGUAGCGACGGGAUGGGACACGAGGCCGUCCUAAACACACUAAAAUUGUGUUCCAUAUACCACCCAAUUCCCUUUAUAGUGCACUACUGUUGACCAGAACCCUAGUCAAGAGCAAAUCAUCAAAUCAAAUCAAAUGUAUUUAUAUAGCCCUUCGUACAUCAGCUGGUAUCUCAAAGUGCUGUACAGAAACCCAGCCUAAAACCCCAAACAGCAAGCAAUGCAGGUGUAGAAGCACGGUGGCUAGGAAAAGCUCCCUAGAAAGGCCAAAACCUAGAGAGGAACCAGGCUAUGUGGGGUGGCCAGUCCUCUUCUGGCUGUGCCAAGAGUAGUGCACUAUUGCCGUAUCGGCCCUGGUCAAAUGUAGUGCACUAUAAAGGGAAUAGGGUGCCAUUUUGGGACGCAUCCAGAGACAUACGUUUGUGCGGGGUGGGGGCGUGGUCACGGGUGUUCAGUGGGUGGAGCUAAUUAACUGUCCUCAGGCCAUUGGUUGAAGACACAAACAUUCAGACAUCUUGGUCAUAGCUAUGUCAUUAUUACAGACAAUUUGGUCUUUUAUUUUGUUUUAAAUGUUCCAUAUUUUCUUUAUAAAACAAAACAAAAAAGAUUAACAUCAAUUAAUGAAUUAUCUGAUGAUGAAGAAAUUAGAACAAAAAUAAGAAAAGAUGAAAGAAAGACAAGCCAAAGCUGAAUAACAUACUAUUAUAUAACUCUCUGAGUCUUGUCGAUGAUGAGGAGGAUUAUUAUCCAUAAGAAAACAUUAACGUUAUAAACAUUUUAUUUUAUUUUAGUACAGUAUCAGUUUGAAUGGACAUCUUUGUAUUGCACUGUAAAGCAACAGUUGAAUUGUCUAUAAUGUCUCAGUGAUUUAGUCCAUGGAUGGGAAUCGGGACAUUUAACUUGUUGGAAUAAGCUGUUGUUGUUGUUGUCUUAUCACCUCUUGCGAGUUUGUGUCACAUUUCAGUUGAAUACAUUCAGUUGGACAAGUGACUAGGUAUCCCCGUUUCCAUCGGCAACCCCGUUUCCAUCGGCAACCCCACCUGUCUGUGGAUUUCACAAACGCUGUUGACCGACAAAAGGAACUCACGGCAUCCCGCUACAGCAGAAAUCUGAGAACAAGAAAAACUAUGUUUUGGACUGGAAAGAUGAUUUUUCUCACAGAAAUGUUUGUAUCAGGUUUAUCCUACUGAAACAGACUGCCUUAUUUUAUACAAUAUUUCUACAGUACAUCGUAGAGCUACAGUACAUCGUCCCAGCUACAGUACAUCGUCCCAGCUACAGUACAUCGUCCCAGCUACAGUACAUCGUCCCAUCUACAGUACAUCGUAGAGCUACAGUACAUCGUAGAGCUACAGUACAUUGUCCCAGCUUCAGUACAUCGUCCCAGCUACAGUACAUCAUAGAGCUACAGUACAUCGUCCCAUCUACAGUACAUCGUCCCAGCUACAGUACAUCGUCCCAGCUACAGUACAUCGUCCCAGUUACAGUACAUCGUAGAGCUACAGUACAUCGUCCCAUCUACAGUACAUCGUAGAGCUACAGUACAUCGUCCCAGCUACAGUACAUCGUAGAGCUA